AGUAUUUCAGAUGAAAGAUCAGUUUUAUCCAGGAAGUAAAAUCAUAAUAACAACUAGGCAUGCAAGAUUGUUAAGGACUCAUCGAGUUAUUGAGAUGCUUGAAGUUCAAACUUUGCAUGACAAGGAAUCAUUGGAGCUUUUUUGUUGGCAUGCUUUUGGUCAGGACCAUCCCGUUGAAGGUUACAUAGAAUAUUCGCAAAAAAUAGUGGAUCAUUGCGGAGGACUUCCAUUAGCUCUUAAAGUUUUAGGUUCUUCUAUGUACUUGGGGGAUAGUAUAGAUGUAUGGAAAAGUGCACUGGAGAAGUUAGAAGCCAUUCCAAAUGGUGAAAUAGUAAAUAAACUAAGAGUAAGCUAUGACUCUUUGCAAGAUGACCAUGACCGAAAUUUAUUCCUCCACAUUGCUUGUUUCUUUAUCGGAAAGGACAAAGACUACAUUGUUAACAUACUAGAUGGAUGUGAUUUCUAUACAAUUGUUGGCAUUCAAAAUCUCAUCGAUAGAUGUUUGGUGAGUAUUGAAUGUGAGAAGGUGCAGAUGCAUGACCAGAUUCGUGGAAUGGGAAGAGAAAUUGUUCGCUUGGAAUCAAAGGAGCCUUGGAAGCGUAGUAGAGUGUGGCAACAUAAGGAUGCUUUCAAUAUCUUGACAGAAAAGAAUGGUACAGAUUCAAUUGAAGGCCUUGUCCUCGACAUGCACAUGCUCCCUAGAAACAGUCACAUAAACUCAACGGAGAUAGUCUUGGAAACCAAUGCAUUUGCAAGGAUGCGUGAACUAAAACUACUCCAUCUUAAUCAUGUACAACUCGAUGGAUCUUAUGCAGAAUUUUGUACAAGAUUAAGAUGGUUGUGUUGGAAUAAGUUUCCUUUGGAUUCUAUACCCACAGAUUUUCCUUUGGGGAGCCUGGUUGUUCUUGAAAUGCAAUAUAGCGGCUUGAGGCAAGUCUUCAAAGGAACAAAACGUCUUUCAUCAUUGAAGAUCCUUGAUCUCAGCCAUUCUCAUUCACUUACAGAAAUCACCGACUUCUCAUUUUGCCCAAAUCUAGAGAAAUUGAUUCUUGUAGAUUGUGAAAGACUGGUUGAUGUCAAUGAAUCCAUUGGGAACCUUGAGAGACUUGUUUACUUGAGUAUGAAGGAUUGCAAAAAUAUUAGGAUGCUUCCAGAGAACAUGUGUAUGCUAAAAUCACUUAAAACACUUAUUAUAUCUGGUUGCACAAAUCUUAAUGAGUUAUCAGUUGAGAUGUUAAGGAACAUGGAAUUUCUGAAAGUGCUUGAGAUGGAUGAAAUCCCGAUAACUCAAGUAUGGCGAGGAAGAAGUUUAGGUAUCUGGAGUUCUUUACCAUGCUCUUUAGUAAAUUUAAGUGUUUGGGGGUGCAAUCUUUCGGAUGAUAACUUUCCUAGGGAUUUUAGUAAUCUAUCUUCACUGCGAAGACUAAACGUAGGGAAUAAUCCAAUUUGUAGCCUGCCAAAUUGCAUCCAAGGUUUAACAAGGCUCGAUAAACUCUCUUUUGAGAAGUGUACAAGGCUCAAAUCGCUUGUGGGUUUACCAAAACAUGGUCGCUUGAUUAUCGUAGAUUGCAUAUCAUUGGAAAAAAUAACGUAUCAAUCCUCUUCAUACUUCACACUUUCUUUAUCAGAAG